AUGGAGUAUCCACAAGGACGUUUGUAUCCUAGCCGCUCCACAGUUAGACUUGGGGAAGCAGCGGAAAGAGGUUCGGGGUCAUAUUUGUUCACUCUUGGUCGGUCGUAUGCAGAUGAUUCCGUCACACAUGCGGACAAGCUCAGAGGUUUGACACAUCAAUCAGAGACUGAUGAUGAAAGCGUGUUUGACUUCGCAUCGGACGAUGACUGUCCGAUCCUACGGAUUGAAGACCUCGAGUCACCAAAGAAUUGCUAUCGUCCCUUCGGGUCUCGAUCUUCAGUAACCUCUCCUUGUAAAAGAACUAUCGCUCAGGAUACCUCUACUCUGCUUCCUGAACCGUUCCUGAAAGACCGCGAGAGUCCUUGCUUCGCCAUGACGGCUGCUGAGUGGAUUGCGGAGGAGGCGGCUUCUGCUUCUUCUUCACUGGCCAGGCCCAGGAGUUCUCUACCGCCAGCGUCCUCAGCUAAAUGUGUAUUUACAGAUGCCUCGAGGUUACCUGCAACAACGACACUGCUGCCUAAGAUAUCUUCCGCUCAGAUGUCUGGCCUCGUGCCCUCCAGUGGCGCUGAGAUCCCACACUCAUCGUCGCCACUUCACGCUGAGGUUAAGUCGGGUGGAGUAGAGCGCUCUGUUUCUACCCAGUCGCUGGCCACUGCCUCGCCGACUUAUCCAGUACAAUCGGCUCUCGCAUCAUCGCACUCCGCCUCUUUUUCCGCUUCAAGCCCUCCGUCCUCGUCUUCUCAGCACCCCGCUCUGUUCCCGCCAACCUCGACAGAGCCUUACAGCGACCGUCUCCGGACCUUCGUCCGCAUUCGCCCCUUGCAGAAUGAGGAACUGCACUCCGAGGAUAUUCUUGUAGUGGAAUCAGCAACGCGCAUCAAAGUCUCUGACAAAGUGCAUGAGAGCCAAGGAUGGACUUUCGACGUGGACCGGGUUUUCGGACCACAGGCAACCCAGGAGGACAUCUGGAACAGUGUGGCAACGUGCGUGGAGAAAGUCAUCGACGGUUAUAACUGCACUAUUUUCGCCCACGGCCAGACGGGAACAGGCAAAACCUAUACGAUGCUAGGGCCGGACAUGAUCGAGGGCUGCAAAGGGUGCGAGCUCCUCUCGGGAGAGCAGUCGCGCGACUACGUAGUCUACAAGCAAGCAAAGGCUCUCAGAGUACAGACUAUCAAUCGGUUGAUCCAGCAUCACACCAAGCAAUCCUCAAGCCUACUUAAGUCAGAGGGACGAGGCAUUAUUCCGCGAGCGUGUGAACUCCUUUUUGAUCAAAUUCAUAAGCGAUUCGGAAUGGAUAAUGAAAACGUCAAAGUCUUCGCAUCUUACGUUCAAAUAUACAACGAGAAGCUGGUGGACCUCCUCGCGCCACCAAACUCGCAAACCUCAUCUCUCUCUAUCGUCAGUGAUAGUCACAAUCCAAACUCCGUCGUUGUGCAGGGUCUUCAACUCUUCGAAGUGAAGUCAACAGAUGAGCUGAUACAUCUCUUGAUGGAAGGGACAUUCAAUCGCGCGUUUCGAGCCACAAAACAGAAUGAUAUGUCAGGCCGGUCUCAUGCGAUUUUCCAAGUGGAACUUCGCCAGACUGUGAACGGUGAAACGAAAACGAUGAAAGUGUCCAGACUGAACCUCGUCGACCUCGCGGGCAACGAGCGCUGUGUGCGGUCACGAGCAACAGAGAAGAUGCACGUAGCGGAAAUUGGAGCGAUCAACAGAAGUCUCUCAACUCUGACACUUUGCAUUCAACAGCUCGCACAGGGCAAGAGUGCGGUUUCAUACCGGUCGUCUAAUCUGACGCGCCUUCUGCAGGAAUCUUUGGGAGGUUCGUGCUGGACGGUUUUCAUCUGCACUAUCACACCGUCCGCCCUUUUCGUUAGAGAGACAUUGGCAACCCUGCGUCUGUCCGUCCGAGCGAAAACGGUCAAGAUAACGGCCAAACUCAACGAACCUACAAAGCCUCCGGCGCGUCAAAAGAGCAUUCAACGAGAAGUGUCAUUUUCUACCGUCCUCGCAAGGCGUCAGCGGCAUCCAUCGCAGCAGCGUUACCGUGGGAGGUCUUACGACGCAGGUGAACAGGCGAGACGCUGGAAGCCGAGACUGAAAACACUCGGCCCUCCGACAGGUAGAACGAGCAGCUGCGGUUGUGAAACUCGAGGGGAGGAGAUGCUCAAACCUGCUGAGGACCAGGGGUUUGACCGGCGCGGCAGUCACGCUGAAUGCAGAAAGUCCUCCAACUUCUGUAUUGUGUCCGUGAACCAAGUUUCGGCCUCCGCUGUUCAGCAUCCUUUCCGACCUGCGGUCCUCGGAUCUACUGAAAUGCACGGCGGACAGCACAUGCCGCAUCUGCACCUUUCUACCCAAAAGGUGGAGUUUUCUGCACUGGCUGUUCUUGAGAGCGCUCCGCUGCCCCAGCAAUCGAACCACUUUCCGAAUUAUAGUGAUGUCGAGUCGUCUGUCUUCUCGCACGGCAGUGACGACUCAGUCAAGGCGCGGAAUCUUCGAACGGCAGUUCGAUUUUUACGGCGAGGGUUGCAGCGCUCUAUUAGUUGUCCUGACCAAGGCGACGGCACAUCUCUCAGCGAUCCUACCCCCAGGGAUGUCCCUUUUGCCAGUGUAUCUCACCAUCCGCACCAUGUUGUGGGUCUUCGCCACCCGGUCUAUUCCGAUGCACAUAGUGAAAUAAACGCAGGGACAGAGCGAAUCCCUAAGGAAGACGGUACAGUCGAGAAAGAAUACAGGAGCAAAGCGGAAGGGAGACUAUCGAGUUCGAACUUCCAAGGUGCCUGGGGUGACAGUCGACGCACCCUCGGAAAACCGGCAGCUCUCUCUGGCUCAUCAUCCAGACAGUUGUCUGACAUAACGGAGAAGGCGCCGUCACCGGGUGUCGACCAGCUGGUGAAUCUGUGCGAUUGUCAACGAGAUCCCGAGACACAGACAUCAGAGGCAAUCGGCAGGGGAUGCCCUCGUGGCGUUUUUCUGACAGAUCACCGCACCGGUGCCUCACUCCCUGACGCAGAAGAUCGUGCAAUUCUGAAAAGAUCGAAAAAUCACCCUGUGUCCCAUGCAGUAGAUGUCAUUAAACGCAUUCAUCAAAGGGUACAAGACCGCAGAGAGGUACAGGCUCAAUUGAAAGGCGAGGGCGAAAAGAUGAACUCCCAUCUCUGUUCAGCGCUGUCCGUGGCUAGGGUUGCGCCCCAGAUGUGCUCCAGCGUCAACUCAGCGAGCAAGGGAGAAGCGAAUAACUUCACCCACGAGAGGACAGGUACACGCGAAGAAGGCGGACAUGAAUCAGAAUGUGACUCCGAGCAUCAGCAAGUCCAGAUGGCACUCCAAGUUCUGAGGUACUGGCUUGAAAGAAAACACAACGCACACAAGAGCCAAAAUGUGGAACACUUUCGUGAGUGCGGACGCGACGACCAGCAUCCGAAAGCGACCAGUAAAGGGCAGAGAAAAGAACAAGGCUUCACUGGUGACAGUGACCGGAAACUACAAAGCAUAGACGCUAACACCACUGAGGAUCCUCGUGCCACAUCCGGCCGUCGGAAUGCGAAGAUAUCAGGAAUCCACCUGAAUGCCCCUUCGACGUUGUGCGGCGAAACUGAUUUGCGAGGAGGGUAUACAGGCAUAGAUGAAACUGCCGAAUAUCAGACAGAAGCAGGCGACGAAUCUUCGGAAGCAUGCUCGGGAGGAGACAUCAACGAAGAUAUUGAGUCUAGUGAGAGUGACUGCGAGCAGCCUACAUCUCUUCCCUGUUCCGGUGUUGCGCACGGCGGCCAGAAGACGAACGACGUUCCUGCCCGAAGUGUCACUUCGUCAUUGCUUCCAAACAGAUACAGCGCUCUGUAUUACGGGAAGACAGGCUCACUGGAAUGUCGUGUUCCUGGCGGAGAUUCAUGCGAGCGGCAUAAUGAAUACCACGUGACACUGGAAAAACCAGACUGGCACAAAUACGAGAGAAAGAGCGACGCUCAAGAAUUUGUCGGCUACAACGGAAGGCCAAGGUAUGAUCAGGAUCAACGUCGAUCACUUCUGUUUCAGUCUCCCUCCAUGGUGUCUCAUCUUUUUUCUCAGCCUGUGGCUGCAAGCACCUGCAGUGAGCACCUAAUCAUGGAGUCAUUUGAUCCGUCACCUACGUCCGCUUCAUUUCGUAUCAGGAGCGCCACCCGCGCGUCCGUCCUAAAUGAUUGUGCGGUCCCACCUGUCGAUUGCCAGAUGUUUUCUUCCCCGGAACAACACAGAUGGCAACAUGUCGAUCACGAGGUCGCAAGCUCACAAGCGUGUGCGCUUCGAUCAACACGUCAGCGCCCAGUCGAGCCUCAAAUUCAGUACAACACCUCUGUGGACCAGCAAUCCACCGGCCAGUGGCGGCCUGGAAUUAGUGGUAUCAUGGAAGGACAAACAAACAACAAGGCUUUUCCUCCUACGUCUCAACAGUCCCAUAAUUUCAAGGCUUUCGCUCCAUCUGUCUUGGGUACGGCUGCCGGGCAAGCUAGCCACAAUCCAUCUGCAGUGUCACCUGCUACAGCAGGCUAUGUUAUUCCCCCAAGAGACCGACAGACAAGAAUGGCUUCUUCCUCUUCAACUCCUGGCCUGGAAAAGUAUUGGUAUGCUCAAAGGGGGCAAUCACAACAUCGCCAGUUCCCUGGACCUGACUGCCACGUGAACUACGGCAAUGGCGUGGCCGUCUCCUCUGACACCGGUGGAAUUCUCAUCCACAGCGCAUCCCAACGAUCGCUACUAUCCUGCCCUCCACAACACCACCAAGGGCCAUCUCGUGCCGUCGGCACCAAUGCACCUGCGUUUCAAGAUCUCCCAGGGGAUUGCAAGACGCCUCUUCACGUUUCACAGUCUCGUGUUUUCUACCCUACUCACUCAUCUGCAGGUUCUCUUAUUGACGGAUCACCAAGCAGCCGUCGGCUCUCUCUGCCACCUUCCCCAGCUGUCGAAGGCCAACCGUCUUUUCGACAAACUGGUGGAUCGUCGGCGAUCGGAAAUGCAGGAGAAUCGGCUUAUUUCCAUGGCUCGGUGGAUCCUUCGCGAAGUACUGCGACCGCUCAAACAAGGCAGCACAUCCACGUUCACAGUUCGGUCCCGUCCCAGGGAACACGAGGGGGAUGUGGAGAUCAGUCAUUCAUACCUUUCUUCCCACCACAACAUGGUCGCGUCAACAACCAGACUCAACACCUCCCAUUUAGCUCUGAGCAAGAACCCUCUGUCCAAUCUUACGCUCGUGGCCAGUACAUUCCGAUGGACCACGCGAUGGGAGCAGAGACGCCUUCACAGCAAGGGUCUCCAGUACCCUUGCCGACCCGGCAGUUUCAACAGCAAGGCGUUGCACAAGGUUGCGUUGCGUCAUCGGACAAGAGAUCAACCUGCAGCUAUCACCUUCUCUCGCUUCCCCCGCAGCCACCUCACAAUCAGGCGAUGUUCUUCCAGCAACAGAGAGUCCCACCGGCUCUCCCCCCAUCCUUCGAUGCCGCAGGUUACCAGUGUUCCCAGCCAAACGUGCAAAUGGAAUUGCAAUCUAGCACCCCAUUACCGCAGGGGCCCAGUGAUCUCUCUGGUGUUUCGACGUCGAACCACCUCCAGCCUAUGGCACGUUCUCAGGUGCCUCAUUUUUGUCCAGGUCCCGCAGGUCCAGAGGUCUGUCGAAAGCAAAGCUCAACGCCCUGCUACGGUAACCAGAGCCAUGUUGAUGGGGAAUUGCAGCGAAGUCAACCUCCGGAAGGCAGCCGCCCAGGUGUGCACGCUAGAGCUGGAGGAGGAUUCGCGUCGAAUGUCACAUUCGUCUCGAAUCCGCCGCUGUGUCGAAACAAGGCCAAUUCUUCAGCGGUAUUUCUUCCGUCGACUGCAUCUACCGUCCCUGCCUCACCUUUGCAGAGUUCUCGAAUGUACGAUGCCUUCGUACCGACUGAAGGCAGACGACGUGUCGCUGAUUCCAGUUGUCUCUCACACCGUGUGCCGUUACGAGACGCCUGUUAUCUUUCCCAUUCUAUCCGAGAAGGAUCCCGAAUAGCUCAUCAAUAA